AUGGAAACUGCAGCCAAAAAGUCCAUUGCACCUCCCAUAGCUUCAAAGGCAUUAAGUCAUGACGCCGAAACCAGCGAAAAUGACGAGUGGCACCAGCUACAAGUGACGUUCCGAGCUUCCCCGGAUGUCAUGUUGCUUGGCUAUCCAGACAUGAGUGCAGCGUGGCAGUUGUUCCUGCUAGGGAACGGUUCGCCCACGCAUCAGUUGGGACUCCUCACAGGUUCCUUGACCGAAGUCGAUGUCAUUGGCAUGCUCGCAGUGGGCUCGAGCGUCGACCUUGUCCCGUCCGAGGUCGGGGCGAUUAAGUCGCCACGGUGUCGACGUCAAGUCUGGCUACGAAACGGUCGAGGAGAGCGACUGGGCUACGCAGCCUCGUGGAUUCACGUGGACGACGUUGGAGCGGUGUUCAAGGACACGAAGAUCCCUAUUGGCAAGAACAUUAUGCAGCACAAGACCGAGCUGUACCGCGAGAUGAUCAGUGUCUUCUGUGGCCACUCGAGAGCACUUGAAAAAGCCUUUGGAGCUCCCGGACCCUUUUGGGGACGGUCGUAUCGUUUCUGGAGCGGAAGCCGACCAGUGACUUUUGUCUACGAAGUGUUUUCACCAAUGCUCGAGAAGUACAUGGGCAAAGUGCUGCUAAAGACGUGA